CGCUGCACUUUGUGAAUGGCCCCGUAGUCUUCUGGGACCUAUCUGCAGUCUCUGGUCAUCUCUUGUACCAUGUCUGCAGUCUCUGGUCAUCUCCUGUACCAUGUCUGCAGUCUCUGCUCAUCUCCUGUACCAUGUCUGCAGUCUCUGCUCAUCUCCUGUACCAUGUCUGCAGUCUCUGCUCAUCUCCUGUACCAUGUCUGCCGUCUCUGCUCAUCUUCUGUACCAUGUCUGCAGUCUCUGCUCAUCUUCUGUACCAUGUCUGCAGUCUCUGCUCAUCUUCUGUACCAUGUCUGCAGUCUCUGGUCAUCUCCUGUACCAUGUCUGCAGUCUCUGGCCAUCUCCCUGUACCAUGUCUGCAGUCUCUGGCCAUCUCCUGUAGUAUGUCUGCAGUCUCUGGCCAUCUCCUGUAGUAUGUCUGCAGUCUCUGGUCAUCUCCUGUACCAUGUCUGCAGUCUCUGGUCAUCUCCUUCACCAUGUCUGCAGUCUCUGGUCAUCUCCUGCACCAUGUCUGCAGUCUCUGGUCAUCUCCUGCACCAUGUCUGCAGUCUCUGGUCAUCUCCUGCAGUAUGUCUGCAGUCUCUGGCCAUCUCC